AUGGACGCCUUUUCAGGAUAUAAUCAGAUCUUCAUGCAUCCCGAUGAUCGCGAGAAGACGGCAUUCAUUACCGAUCGUGGCACCUAUUGCUAUAAAGUGAUGCCCUUCGGCCUGAAGAACGCCGGCGCCACUUAUCAACGAUUAGUGAACAAAAUGUUCGCGGACCAGCUCGGUAGAAGCAUGGAAGUCUAUAUCGACGACAUGCUAGUCAAAUCUGCCAAGGCGCACGAUCACAGGCAAACCCGAAGCAGAUCUCGGCGAUCCUCGACCUCCCAUCGCCGACAUCCUCCAAAGAAAUCUCACCGGACGUAUCGCCGCAUUGAACAGAUUCAUCUCGCGCUCAACCGACAAGUGUCUCCCCUUCUACCAAUUGCUUCGAUCAAACAAGAAGUUCGAGUGGGACAAAAAUGCGAAGACGCUUUCAAACAAUUGAAAGAGUAUCUCACUACCCCACCAAUUCUCGCAAAACCCGAAGAAGGCGAGACCCUACUCUUAUAUAUCGCAAUAUCAAGCACGGCGGUAAGCGGAGUCCUCGUCCGAGAAGAUCGAGGAGAGCAGCAGCCAGUCUUCUACGUCAGCAAAACCCUCAAUGAUGCCGAGACGCGAUACCCAACCCUAGAAAACUGGCACUCGCAGUAG